AUGGGCUCUAUCACCGACCACGUCAGUCUAAAUACUCUUCCACGGCACAUCGAUACCAUACAGCAAGUCCGAACCGGAAAAUUAAAGCCCGCGUUUGGAGAAAGCUCCGGGAUCUUCAAAAGCCCGCAAUCAGAGCCCAUCAAAGUAUACUUCCAACGCUGCGGGGACGAUGAACGUGCGUGGGAAGGUCACGCGGGUCCCGAUAACGCGCUUCAUCAUUAUGAUUCGCAGCAUUACAAGUUAUGGAGACAGGAGCUCCCAGACCGUGCGCAUCUGUUCGAGGUGGGUGCCUUUGGAGAGAAUAUUGUCAGUGGGAAUAUGACGGAAGAGACUGUGUGCGUGGGGGAUAUCUUAAGUUUUGGAGCGCAGGUCGUGGUUCAGGUCAGCAAGCCGAGACCCCCUUGUUAUAAAUUGAACCAUCGGUUUGAAGUCAAGGAUAUGAGUUUGAGGAGCCAAAAUGCGAAGCGGACGGGGUGGUACUACAGGGUGUUGAAAGAAGGAUUGAUUCAGGCUGGAGAUGAAAUUGUUCUGCUGGAGCGAAAACACCCCCUGUGGACUAUUGCAAAGGUGCAGAAUAAAUUGUACAGGGAGAUCAAGGAUGAGGUUGCCAUGAAGGACCUAGCAUAUCUACCGGAACUGAGCGAUGAGAUUCGUAACAUAUUCCUCAACCGAUUGACGAAGAAACUCUUUAUAGAUGACAAGCAGAGGCUUCAGGGCGGGGACGGAAUGGUGCUCAAGUGGACUCGAUACCGGCUUGUCAGCAAGAUGAGAGAGACUCCCAGGAUACAUUCUUUCAUCUUCGAAGCUGUGACUGUAAUCAAACAGCCCGCGAAGGUAGAGCCUGGAUCACACAUCCGAGUGAAGCUCGGAAAGGAUGACAAGCUGGUUCGGGCAUAUUCUGUCGUGGAUGGAGAUGCGAAUCGAUUUGAACUUGGCGUUGCGCUCGAUAGUGAAGAAUCUCGAGGAGGGUCAAAAUACCUCCAUGAAGCUGUCAAGCCGGGAGAUAUUCUUUCCUUCAGCGAUAUGAAGUCGGACUUUCCUGUGCAGGAAAGUGCAGACUGCCAUAUUCUCAUAGCGGGUGGGAUUGGCAUCACUGCGUUUAUAGCUUCUGUGCGGCACCUCCAGGAGCAAGGCUCGCCGUUUCAUUUAUAUUAUGCUGUUCGCUCAGCUGAAGAUGUGGCAUUUAGUCGUUUCAUACAGACACUCGGUGAAAAUUGCACAGUUCUGGAUGGAUCGAGAGGCCAGCGAUUGGACAUCCCUAGUAUUCUUGAAAAGCAAAACGACCGGACUCAUGUCUAUGUUUGUGGGCCUGAUCGUCUCAUGUCCGCCGUCACCGCGGCGACCAAAGACGCCGAAUUCCCACUAUCCAACAUCCAUUCCGAGGCGUUCGUGGUCGAAACAUCUGGCGAUCCAUUCUCGGUUGAGCUAGGCAAAUCUGGAGGCACUUUGGAUGUCAGAGCGGAAGACUCGCUUUUGGAUGUGCUGCGAGAAGCUGGGUUUGAUAUUCCUAGUACAUGUGAAGUCGGCAAUUGCGGAUCUUGUAAGGUGGAGGUGUGUAGUGGGAAAGUCGAGCACAGAGGGACUGGAUUAUCACAGGAUGAAAAGAAGGAUUUGUAA